CGCGCCGCCGCCUGAGGGAGGGAGGAGGGAGCGGGCCCGGCCCGGCCCCGCCGGGACCCCCGGGAUCCCCGCAACCCCCGCUCCGGGACCCCCCGGCGCCCCCCGGGCCAUGGCACAGCCCGCCCGCCGCCUCCGCCUCGCCCGGCCCGGCCCGCAGCUCUAGUCUGACCCCGUUCCACCGUCCUGGCCCGGCCCCGCCAUGGAGAAUGAGCAGCUCCCGGCCCCAGCUCCCGCCAGCAGCGCCGGCAGCGCGGCCCCAGCGCCCGCCAGCAGCGCGGCCGCGCGCCCCGCCGGGCCCCAGAUCUCCGUCUACAGCGGCAUCCCCGACCGCCAGACCGUGCAGGUGAUCCAGCAGGCGCUGCACCGGCAGCCCAACACGGCGGCGCAGUACCUGCAGCAGAUGUACGCGGCUCAGCAGCAGCACCUCAUGCUGCAGACGGCUGCGCUCCAGCAGCAGCACCUCACCAGCGCCCAGCUCCAGAGCCUGGCCGCUGUGCAGCAGGCAAGCCUGGCGGCGAACCGGCAAAGCAGCUCCUCGGGGAGCAACGGCACCCAGCCCGCCCCGGCACAGCAGCCCACGAUCAACCUGGCGACGUCGCCGGCGGCGGCGCAGCUGCUGAACCGGGCGCAGAGCGUGGGGCCCGGCGCGUCGGGCAUCGCUCAGCAGGCCGUGCUGCUGGGCAACACUGCCUCGCCCGCCCUCACCGCCAGCCAGGCCCAGAUGUACCUGCGGGCACAGAUGCUCAUCUUCACACCCACGGGCCCCGUCAGCGCUGUCCGGCCCGAGAGCCCCGCGCCGGCCCCUCCGCCGGCCCCGCCACCUGCCCCACCACCCAGCACCCCUCAGGUGCACAGCCUGGCCCUGCGCCCCGCCGGCCCCCACCUCCCUGCCCUGGCCAUGAAGCCCCCCGGGGGUGCCCCUCCCCGUGCUGGCCCCCCCCGGGGGCCCCCGCCCGAGCCCCCCGCCGAGCACCUCAAAAAGGCCGAGGGGCACGAGGGCCGCGCCCAUGGCCUGGCCCGCAGCGCCGCCCCCGCUGCCACCCACCCGCUCGUCACCCCAGCCUACGCCCCGCUGCAGCCCCCCCAGUUCCUGCAGCAGCCGCCGAAGCCGAUGCAGCCGCAGCAGCCGCAGCCGCAGCAGCAGCAGUUCGUCAUCCAGCAGCAGCAGCAGCAGCAGCUGGGCCCCCGUGGGCAGCCUCCCUCGGGCCCCCCCAGCACCCCCCAGCUCCAGCCCCUGCCCCCUGCCAGCCCCGGCCCGGGCCCCCAGCCCAAAACGGGGGUGCCCCAGGGAGCGGGGGGCGAGGGCGGCCCCCCCAACGGGCACCCCGGCUGCCACGCUGCCCCCCGCAAGUUCCAGCACGCCUCGGCUGUCAUCCUGCAGCUGCAGCCCGCCGGCCCCACGCCGUCCCUCGGGGUCCCCGAGGGCGCCCGCCGGGACCCGCUGCCCGUGCCGAGGAGCGCCGAGAGCCCGCCUGCCGCCCCGCCGCAGCCCCCCGCCCUCUCGCCGCCCGCCGCCCCCCCGGGCCCCGACACCCCCGAGGGCGAGCGGCCCCUCACGCACGAGCCCCCCGAGCGCCUCCAUGCGCAGCCCCGCAUUCCCGGGAUGACCUCGGGCUCCGGCAGCGCUGCCGCCACCGUCGCCGGCGCCGCCCCCCACAAUGGUGAGAACAAACCGCCCCAGGCCAUCGUGAAACCCCAGAUCCUCACGCACGUCAUCGAGGGCUUCGUCAUCCAGGAGGGCGCCGAGCCCUUCCCGGUGGGCCGCUCCUCGCUGCUGGUGGGGGCCCUGCACAAGCAGUAUGCACAGGAGCUGCUGCCAGACAAGCUGCCAGCACAGGACAACACCACCACCACCGACUCGGACAUGGAGGAGCCGUACCUGCAAGGUGUCCCUCCACGCCCCCCAGAAUCCAAAGAGGAGGGGAACCCCCCCAAGUUGAAGUGUGAGCUCUGCGGCCGCGUUGACUUCGCCUACAAAUUCAAGCGCUCCAAGCGCUUCUGCUCCAUGGCCUGUGCCAAGAGGUACAACGUGGGCUGCACCAAGAGGGUGGGGCUGUUCCACCCCGACCGCAGCAAACUGCAGAAACCGGGAGGGCCCCCCCACGGGCGGCGCCGCAGCUGCAAGGGGACCCUGCCCCCCCUGAGCAAGGACAGCAAGAAACAGCCCCCGGGGUCCGUCCCAGCGGGGUCGGUGACGGCGUCGUUGCAGCUCAACCACAGCCAGGAGGAUUCCAGCCGCUGCUCGGACAACUCCAGCUACGAGGAGCCGCUGUCGCCCAUCUCGGCCAGCUCCUCCACGUCGCGGCGCCGGCAGGGGGAGCGGGAGCUGGAGCUGCGGGACAUGGAGCUGCCCGAGCGCGACCUGCCCGGCCUCGGCCACCGCUUCCUGCCCAGCGAGCCCAGCAAGUGGAACGUGGAGGACGUCUACGAGUUCAUCCGCUCGCUGCCGGGCUGCCAGGAGAUCGCCGAGGAGUUCAGGACGCAGGAGAUCGACGGGCAGGCGCUGCUGCUGCUCAAGGAGGAUCAUCUCAUGAGCACCAUGAACAUCAAGCUGGGCCCUGCCCUCAAGAUCUACGCCCGCAUCAACAUGCUCAAGGACUCCUGAGGGGGGGGGGGCACGGGACCCCCAACUCCCCCCCCCCAGGGGACCCCUGACCCCCCCAAUGCGGCCCCGGGGAGGGGGCAAAGGGGGGGGAGACACUUGUGAGCACACCCCGCCCCCCCUGCCCCCCCCGGGGGGUGUAAAUAGCCCGUAGCUCUAGAGCCCCCCCACCCCUCACCCACCUUUGGGGGGUCACCUCCCCCCUUCUCCAGCAGGGAGGGGGGGUCCCCACGUGUCCCCCCCCGUGUCCCCCCCCCCAGGUGAGCAGAGCCAAGCAGGACGGUUGUUGCCUUAACGUGUGCUCCCUCCCCCAGCUGGGAUUGGGGCCCCCGCAGGGAGGUUUGGACGCCCCCCAAAAGGGGUCAGGGAGGGGUGGGGGGCGCGGAGGAGGCGUCACCCCCCGUUCACACACACCCCCCACGCUCUGGGCUGGGUUUGGGGGUGCCCAAGCAGAGGACAGUGGUGGGGGUCCCCCCCCAGGCAGGUAAGGACCCCCCCCCCACUCCCCCCUCAGCCAGCACGAUCUUUUUAAGAAAAGAAAAGGAAAAAAAAAAAAAUUGAAAAAAAACCACACAUGGUCCCACCCCCCCCUUUCCUGUUUUUUGUUUUUGUUUUUAAUAAACACUGAAAAAAAAAUAAUCAAA